CAUGGAUCUGGACGAGGGCCCAGAUGGUAUGGAGGAGGAUACGUUUGAGGCAGAGGAGAAGAAGAUCGUAAGCACGCGCUCCAGAACACGCUCAAGGUCACGAUCUAGGUCUCCCAAGAGGAGGAGGUCCAGGUCUCGCUCCGGCUCAAGGAAGCGCAAACACCGCAAGCGAUCCCGCUCACGCUCCAGAGACCGCAAGAGGAAGUCCUCCCGGUCUUACUCGAGUGAGAGACACGCCCGCGAGCGAGAGAAGGAGCGGCAGAAGAAAGGACUGCCUCCCAUCCGGUCGAAAACUCUCAGUGUGUGCAGCACGACUCUGUGGGUGGGACAGGUGGACAAAAAGGCGACUCAGCAAGACCUCACCAACUUAUUUGAAGAGUUUGGCCAGAUUGAGUCUAUAAAUGUAAGUAAACCUCUCACCCUCUAAUUUAGUCACAGCACUGUAUCCACUUCUUUAA